GUGUGCGAGGAGAUCAAAAACCAACAGGCAUUGUGGCCAGAAAGUACAUAUCGAAGCAAGCCUUUGGGUCCAGAUGCAUCCACACCACGACCAGCCGGGUCUGAAGGAUGUCGUGCUGGUGCCUCCCGGGCAUUGGCGAGGAAAGCUGAUGAAUUCAGAGCAUUCAGCAAGGCCAACGUGGAAUAUCACUUUAGAUCUCGGGCGGCUGUACUGGCAAAAUAUGCAAUGGAAGAGACGUCAGAAGCGCCCGACAACAUCAAAGCUGUGCCAAUGGUCCAUCAGAAUGUGAGAUUCAGCCCUCCAGACGCGUAUGUGGCCACGAACGCUCCUUGUCGCCCAGCCCCUCAAGAAGGUUUCGACAGCCGUCCAGAACGAAUCCUACAAUUGCAGCAAGGCCUUCUUCAGCAUGACGAGGAACGAUUGGCCCAGGUGGCUUUUGGAACUUUCCCGCUUCUCGGCGCUCGAGGCCAACCCUUGCUGCCGGUUCCACCGCUUGGAGCAGAAAAGCUGAGGAUUGCUUUGCCACGGCGAUUGCGCCUGGCCACUUCUAACAAGAUCGCCAAGGGUUCAACAAGGUACGAGCUGGUCGCUGCACAAGUUUGCGAGGAUGAGGCCAGAGAUGUGUCUCUGUAUGAUGUGGCGCACGAAGCUGUGCACAACCCGUCGAUUUUCGACGUGUCGUCUCCACGGGAAGCAGGACCAUCUUUCCCGAAGCCGCCGUAUGAAGUCAAACGGAGCUGCAAGACGCUGCAGGACAUCUUCUCGAAAGCAGAUCGGCUCAUCCAGAGCAAUGCUGCCGAGGACAAGUGGGUGCCUCUGGCUUGGCAAAUGGCAUCAGCUGCAUACGGCGCUGACCCAUCUGAAGUGCUCCAAGUCGUUCGCCAUUUGGUACAUGUUGCGCGAAGACGGCAUGGGUUCACAGCAGCAACGAAGAAGGACCUCCUGCUGUUAGCGAACUCAACGCUGAAUACGCUCACGCAUCGUUUGAAGGAAAUCGACACAGACCUGCUCAUUGAGAUUUUUGAGACCAUGAGCCUUCUGCAAAUCGGCAGCCAGGUGUUCCUGAAUCUCCUGAUGGUCCUCUUCUUGGCCCACCACCAGCAGGACAAUAGCGUGCCAGAUGAAGAGCAGGCUUGGCGCGUGAGCAAGGCUCUGGCCCGAUUGCAGCGGCAGCCAGGAUUCAGCCCCAGGGGCCGAGGACCUGCCAACCUACGGGGCGGUUUGCACCGCUCCCCCGCGUUGGCCAACCAGCGGCUGUUACAGCUUCUGCGUCAGAGGCUUCCUGAGGCGGCGAAGAAAGAUUCGGACUUGGAGGCGCUCGGGCAAGUGAUGGGUGGCCCCUUCCUACCGUGA